CUCUAUGGGGUACACACAUCAAUUUGGUCCAAUUUCCUAAUACCAGAAAGAAAUCUCAUCUCUGAAAUGAUUCAUUAUUGCUUUGCUCCAUUAUAAAUUGUCAUCAAACCUUUCACUUUCAGCAUAGAAAUCAAAACAAGACCUUCAUUUUAUUUUCACUAUCUCACAGUAAUAAUAAUGGCUGUUCUCAAGGUCCAUGGAAGUCCAAUCUCAACUGCAACUCAAAGAGUUCUUGUUACCAUCAUCGAAAAAGGUCUUGAAUAUGACCUGCUUUUCGUUAACUUGGCUGAAGGUGAACACAAGAGAGAACCCUUCAUCUCUCUCAACCCAUUUGGUCAAGUCCCAGCUUUUGAAGAUGGAGAUUUGAAGCUCUUCGAAUCAAGGGCUAUCACACAGUACAUCGCACAUGAUUAUGCAAGCAGCGGAACACCAUUGAUUUCAUUCGAGAAGAUGCCAGUAAUGGUGAACUGGAUGGAAGUCGAGGCACACCAUUUUGAGCCAGUAGCAUCAGUUUUGGGUUGGGAAUUAGUUUACAAGCCAAUGUUCGGUAUGACUACAGAUGCAGCUGCUGUUGAAGAAAAUGAAGCUAAGCUAGCUACUGUCUUGGAUGUGUAUGAAAAAAGACUUGGCCAGUCCAAAUAUUUGGGUGGCGAUGAGUUUACUUUAGCCGAUCUUCAUCAUCUUCCUUAUCUUAAUUGUUUGAUGGGUACACCAACUAAGAAGAUUUUUGAAUCUCGACCAUGUGUUUCUGCUUGGUCUCAAGAUAUCUUGGCUAGACCUUCCUGGGCUAAAGUUCUUGAUUUACAGAAACAUUAGAAAAAUUGGGUUAAGCCCCAAAUCUGAAAAUUCAAAAUUAGUGGAUUUCUUGUUUUGAGUUCUAGAUCAAGAACAGAAAAAUCUUCCAUGGAGAAAUUUUCUGAUUAAUAAAAUUUUCUGGUUAAUGAAUGCUUU